GGAGUUUGCCGAAUAUCCCCGUCCUGGCAUCCCAUCAGAGCCUUAACACGAAAAUACUAAGCAGAUGACAACGGAAAAAUCUGCUACACCAGCCACGGAUCGGCAGGAUGCCGCAAACCGCGAACCGUUCUCUUCGCUGGAUCUUUCGCCGCCGACAAGCCGUGCUCUCAAUGACAUGGGAUUCGAGACAAUGACGCCCGUGCAAGCUAAGGCGAUCCCUCCGUUACUUGCAGGCAAAGAUGUCCUAGGCGCGGCACGCACAGGUUCGGGGAAAACACUCGCUUUUUUGGUUCCUGCUGUUGAGCUGCUGCAUCGGAUGAAGUUCAAGCCUAGAAAUGGGACAGGUAUCAUCAUUAUCUCCCCCACACGAGAGCUGGCACUACAGAUAUUCGGUGUUGCAAAGGAUCUGAUGGCGUAUCAUUCACAAACUUUCGGUAUCGUUAUUGGUGGUGCGAAUCGGAGAGCUGAGGCGGAGAAGCUUGAGAAAGGGGUGAACCUCCUUGUUGCAACUCCCGGCCGGCUUCUUGACCAUCUAGAGAACACCAAAGGUUUUGUGUUUCGCAACUUGAAGGCCCUUGUGAUAGAUGAAGCAGACCGUAUAUUGGAAAUCGGUUUCGAGGAGGAGAUGAAAAAAAUCAUGGCCAUUCUUCCAAAUGAGGGACGGCAGUCUAUGCUAUUCUCCGCUACACAAACAACAAAAGUUCAGGACCUGGCCCGUGUAUCACUCCGCCCUGGGCCCCUCCACCUUGACGUCGACAAAGAAGAAUCGACAAGCACUGUCUCCACCCUUUCGCAAGGUUACGUUGUGUGCCCGUCCGACCGGCGUUUCCUACUGCUAUUCACCUUCCUAAGGAAGAACCUCAAAAAGAAAGUCAUAGUAUUUUUCUCCAGUUGUAAUUCCGUGAAGUACCAUGGAGAACUACUUAAUUACAUCGACGUCCCGGUACUGGACCUGCACGGCAAACAAAAGCAACAAAAACGCACGAACACAUUCUUCGAGUUUGUUAAUGCAGAUUCUGGUAUCCUUUUAUGUACGAAUGUUGCAGCUCGUGGACUGGAUAUCCCACGGGUUGACUGGAUCAUCCAGUAUGAUCCCCCAGACGAUCCCAGGGACUACAUUCAUCGAGUCGGUCGGACAGCACGUGCUGGGAAGGUCGGGAAAAGUUUGUUGUUCUUACUCGAAAGCGAACUCGGUUUCUUGCGGUACCUUCAGCAAGCCAAGGUGCCUCUGAAUGAAUAUACGUUCCCAACGGAGCGUAUUGCAAAUGUGCAGAGCCAGUUGGAGAAACUUCUCCAGAAGAAUUACUUCUUACACCAGUCUGCACGCGACGGGUUCCGGUCAUAUCUUCAAGCUUAUGCGUCAUAUUCAUUAAAGCAAAUUUACGAUAUCAACAAACUUGACCUCGCCAAGGUUGGAAAGUCAUUUGGCUUUGCAGUGCCUCCGCGGGUGAAUCUGAACAUUGGUGGGGGAAAAGUAAGUUCAGGGAAGAAAAGGAAACGUGAAGUAGAUGAAGACGAUGAGGAGUGGGAAGACGUGCCCUUGGGUGAAGGUGCGGAAAGUGAAACGGAAAUAGAUAUCGUGGGGCAGGAAGAGUCGCGGAGUACCUCACGACGGCAAGGCAAGGGUCGACGGAUAGAGACACUGGGGAAGAAGACGGUUGAGAAGGAAGUGUAUCGGAAAGGCAAGACAAUGCAUAAGGCUAAAGCAUCCGGUCAGCAAUGGAGUCGGUGACGAGCGCUGUACUACGGGUCUAUAUUCGAGUACCUAUGGUUGUGCAGCAUGUGUUGUGUAUACCUCCUGGAUUCCUCGUGCCUGUAAUCGUGUUGACACGAGCUGCUCACG